UAGUUAAUAUUGACACUUUCAGUUUUCACUAGUUUGUAAAAAAUUAAUAUCGCAAUGAAGAUUAUCCUUCUAACGUGGUUUGUUGUAUUCACCUUGAAGGCACCAGUCAUUCAUGGUAGCAAAUCUCGCAUUAUUGGUGGUUCUCCGACCACAAUUCAUCAGUACCCAUUUGCCGCAGCAAUUGAUGUUCAAACUCCUACCAGCAAAUUCUUCUGCGGUGGUACCCUUUACACACGACAAUUUGUUAUAACUGCAGGUCAAUGCGUCGACGGAGCUAUCUCAUUCACAAUACAUCUAGGAUCAGUCAGUCGAUCGGAUCCAAACCGCCUAACACUUUCCACGUCUGAGUACUUCUUGCAUCCAGAUUAUAAUCCCAACACUCUGGAAAAUGACAUUGGGUUGAUCCAGUUUAGAAUGCCUAUAGACUACACAGAUUCCAUUCAGUCGAUAAAUUAUUUGGCACUAGAACCCUUACCAUCUUUCCACAGAGUAACAACCAUUGGAUGGGGGCAAACCAGCGAUGCUAGUUCUCAACUUCCUGAUGUAUUGAAUGCCGUUUUUGUUAUUCCUCUAAAUAACAAUGAAUGCCAGGAAGUGUAUGGAAGCCAGAUUGUAGACAAUAUGGUUUGUGUGGAAGGUAAUUACAACGAGGGAGCUUGUCAUGGCGACACGGGAGGUCCACUUGUUGAUACUUAUUCACGGUACUACUCGGUCCAUGUUGGGGUGUCGAGUUUUGUAAGUGGAAAUGGUUGCGAGAGUACUGAUCCUUCAGGGUACACAAGAACCUACCCCUAUGUUGCAUGGAUACAGAAUAUUACUUCUUCAGUGUAGACGUCACGAUUUUGUAAAUCUGUAGUUUCUGUAGGUGUAUCAAAAAAUAUAUACCCUUCAUUUUAAAACAGAACCAUCUGUAGUACUGAUUAAGAUCUAUAAAAAUAAUAAUUUAACCAAUAAAUUUUUGUUAAAUAAAAUUUAUAUAUACCGUC